ACCUGCAGUACUCUCCGAGAGAGCAACAGGUAGAGAAGCAGAUAUCAUCGUCGUCGAUGGAGAGAGAUUUGGUGCCGUGGAGUACGAGAGAAGCGGCAUUCGGCGCCAUGGAGAGCUCGCCUUCGCGGUGCACCAGCGGGUGCCAGUCCGGCUGGACUCUGUACCUCGACCAUUCCAACGCGAUGCACUGCGAGCCCGCCCAGAGGUGGAUGGUGCUGCACGCGGGCGAGGACCAAGAGGAAGCAGAGGACUCCAUGGUCUCCGACGCGUCCUCCGGCCCUCGGCCGCGUCUGCGCGAGGAAGACGACGAGAUGGGGCGAGAUUUCGGGCACCAGCAUCGAUUCUUCGGCCAGCACAGCAGCUACUCCAGUAGCAGUUGCCAUCGCAGCGCGAGUGGCUCCGGCUCGGGCUCCGGCUGCUUCGGUUCUUCUACGUGGUCUCGCAGCUUCUUGCAGGGCGGGGCGAAGAGCGACGCAAGGAGGGCCGUCGUCGUCCAAGGAGAGGAGGCGACGCGCCAGUGCCCCGAAAUCGUCGUCCUCGACGACGACGACGACGAGCUCGACGACACCGCGAGCUCGUCUGCCGUUUUCAGCUGCCCCAUGGCCAUGGUGCAAGCUAAUUUCUCCAGCUGAAAGCAUCAGCAGCAGCACGAGCUAUGCAAAGCAUGCUAGGCCAUGUAUAACUGAGCUAGAGUUUUACCUCUCAUGAUCUACAGAUGGAACUGAUCGAGAGUUCUUGCUCACUCUGUGCACGCAUGUUAGGCCUUCAUUUCUAUUUUGUUAUCAAAAUUCAAAUCUACGGGGGCACAUGUGGCUGGCUGUAUUGAUCAAAAUUCAAAUCUGCAUGUAAGUUUUGA